AUGGACAAGUUGACUGGAAGUGCCAAAAGGCCUUCCACAGUUGUCACAAGAAGACGAGGGGCAAAAAUUGUCAAGCCAGUUGCCAGGCUUCAGGUACCAGUAGCAGCUGUCAACCCUUUUGUUCCUACUGUAACUUCGACGAAAAACAUCGCUUUUAAUUUUAGCAAAACCCCGGUUGCCUUAAAAACACCAGCUCCUGCAGCAAAUGAAGCAUCUCCUACACCACGGAAACCAGCGGUAACAGCAUCGGCCAGGAAGUCUGUAGGGACUGGCAACCGAGCCACUCCAUUCAUUUUUACCGGCAACAAUGCUGCACACAACAUAACUGUGAACUCCCAGAAGAAAUCCUUUGACCUGAAGGCGAGCUUGGCUAAACCGCUCUCAUGGAAGCCACACACUGGUCGACUCCAGCCGCUGGACAUUAACAAGCCUCAGCCAACUGCAGUUGUAGCCCCUGUGAAACAAGAGAGGCCGUCGAGACAGGUUAUGGCUAGCAAAACUAGACCAGUCAACACCAAAGAUGUCAGACGAGUUCAGCAGGUGGACAGACGAAAUAACCAGAAGUAUAUCGACAUGAUGAAAAGACGAGGCCUCCUAGCUUAA